AUGGCACCAUCUAGUGACACUGCCACGAAGCCCAUAAACCUCGCAGUGCUUAAAAAAGUCGCGUUGAUCAAGGAAGUGGAGAAAGGGGGAAGAUCUAAAACAAGCAUCGCCAAAGAAUUCGGCAUCCCCUUGUCGACGCUUUCGACAGUUGUAAAAAAUCGACAGAAGGUCUUCGAUGGCUUCGAGCAAAGUUUUUCCAGUGAGCGGAAGCGGAUUCGGGCCUCGAAAUUCCCGGACGUCGAAGCAGCACUCAUGCUGUGGCUCCGGAAUGUCAGGGCAGCCAACCUUCCCGUGACAACCCAAAUGACGAUGGAGAAGGCAGACGCGCUGGCGUUGCAGAUGGGCCACACAGACUUCAAUUGCAGCAAUGGCUGGUUUGAACGAUUUAAAAAAAGAAAUAACGUGGCCUCGAAGCCUAUCCACGGCGAAAGCGGCACUGUUGAUGAAGGGGCUGCAGACACCUGGCGCAACCACCGCCUCGCUGAGCUGCAAAAGGCUUACGCGGACAAGGACAUUUUCAACCUCGACGAAGCAGCACUGUUCUAUAAGAUGUUGCCUAGCCGCACAUACACGCCGAAGGGAGAAGCGUGCUCAGGCGCUAAGCAGCGCAAAGACCGAGUGACGAUACUUUUCGGAGCCAACUCCACCGGCGAUGAAAAACUGCCGCUGCUUGUUAUCAGUAAGUCGCUCAAUCCAAGGUGCUUCCGAAAUGCACGGCUCCCGAGAGAUGCGACUUACCGCGCCAAUAAAACGGCCUGGAUGACUGCAGCGCUCUUUGAAGAGUACGUACGUGCUCUUGACCGCAAAAUGGCAAGGGACGGCCGGAAAGUGUUGUUCGUCGUGGACAACUGCCCCGGCCACGGAAAAAUCAACAACUUGGAGGCUGUCACGCUGGAGUUCCUGCCUGCUAAUAUGACGUCCGUGCUCCAGCCGAUGGACCAAGGAGUCAUUGAGGUUGCUCGCAAGUACUACAGGAAGAGUCUGCUGCGCCGCAUUUUGUGUUCUUACGACAGUGGUAAGAAGUACGAAAUAGAUUUGCUGGGUGCAGUCCACCUGAUCGCCGAAGCCUGGCGACAAGUGCGUCCAUUGACGAUUGCCAAUUGUUUCGCGCACGCAGGAUUUUCGCGCACCGAGAAAUCGCUCGAGCCAGACACUGACGAGUUUAGUGAUUGCGAUGAACUUUGCGACGAAGUCCGCAAAGCUGCCGGCUGCGCCAGCGAUGCCGAAGACGGCGAACUCACUUUUGAAGAGUACGCGCUCUACGAGUCGGACGUGCCCGUUACCGGAAUGUUGUCCGACGCCGACAUUGUUGAAAUGGCAGUGAACGACGACGGUGAUCACGCUGACCAAGAACCACCUCGAGAAGUGCCGACAACUGCAGAAACAAGAAACCUGCUACGUUUGCUCCGCAACAAAGUUGAAUGCAGCGGCGGCGAACAACGGCUCAUGCGGUGCGUUCAGCAGCUCGAGGACGCUUUUCUCGCGCCGAAUGCCAACGCCAAGCAGGCAAGCAUCACCCAGUUCUUUUCAAAACAAUAA